AUGUACCGCCUGUGCCGCCUGUCCCCGCCGCUGUCCCCGCUGCUGUCCCCGCUGCUGUCGCCCGGGCCCCCGCGCCUCGCCCCCCGGCCCGCCUGGGCCGCGCUGCCGCCGGGGCCGGGCCCGCGCCGCGCCGCCGCCAAGGAUGCAUCUGAACCACUCAAAAACACUGAUCCCAGUGCUGAAAACAAGAAACUCAACAAAUCCCAGCAGCUGAAACAAAUUUUUAAAGAAUAUGGUGCUGUAGGGGUUUCCUUCCACGUUGGAAUUUCUUUAGUAUCUCUGGGAAUCUUCUACCUGGCUGUGUCAAGCGGUGUGGACAUGAACGCGGUUCUGUUCAAGCUGGGGUUCAGCGAGGCCUCUCUGCAGUCCAGGGCAGCAGCUGGCACCAGCACCUUCGUGCUGGCCUAUGCUGUGCACAAGCUCUUCGCCCCCGUGCGCAUCAGCAUCACCGUGGUGUCCGUGCCCUUCAUCGUCCGCUACUGCCGCAAGGCCGGCUUCUUCAAACCGCCCGCCUCCAGCCCCUGAGCUCUCCCUCCUCCUCAUUCUUCUGUGCUCCAUCUCCACCUGGCUCUUCAGGUGAAAAGUUUUGAUAAGACUUACUUGGGUCCAGGUUGAUCUCAUCUUGCGUUUCUUACUUGUUCUUUCAGGUAAAUGUCACUGUGAAAAGUGCUGCCCCUUGUCUCCCUUCCCUUUUGCCACUUAUUCUUAGGAAAAAUCUGUUUGAAUGGGAUCUGGUUUGUACUCCAAGUGGGAAUAUAAAUGUUUGACAAUGACCACAGUUCUGGGUCUUUAUAAUCCAGCUUUUUGAGCUUCUAUUUUAUUUUAUUUUCUUUUCGAAACAGAGUCAUAGCAUUAAUUUAUAGCCACGUAGCUGAGAAACUGUGAGAUUCUCUUUCCAGCAGAAUAAACCAUCUCUCACUCCGUGGGUAGUUCUCUUGAUAAGGAAUCUAAAGUGGCAGGUGGGUGUUCCUUGGUUAGAAGAUACUUUCAUUGUAGCCCUUGCAGUACAACACAGGCACUGAGCUCACUUCAGCAGGAGUACCCAUAUAAUUAAUUAUUGCAGUCACAAUUGGUUUAGUCACAGUAGAUGAAGCACUCUUCUAAAACUAUGUGUAGUGCUUCCAUAGUCCAAGAUUUUAUUAUUUAAAAAUUUGCUGGCUGGUGUCAGCAUUACUGAAGUCCUUUUGUUUUUUAAAUGUUUAUAGGCUCAGAAGAAAUCCUGAGUCUACUAAAAUCAGUGUACCUUGAAUUACCUAUGUGAACAUACUUCAAACAGCAUCAAGGCAGAGAGAAGUUGGGGGAAUAUUACUAUUUUGAGAUCUAGUUUUGUACUAGAAACACUUUUUUUUUUAAAUCUUAAAACUUAGUUGAGGAAGGAAAGGAAGAAUAAGUAACUUCUUGUGAUAAGUAGCCUCUUGCCUCCCCUCAGCCAGAACAUUAAAUUGCACUUUAACUCCUCCCCACAGUGUCACAGGUUUCAUGUGGACCAAGGAUAAAAAUUCCAAAAUAACUCUCAGGCAGCCUUGUUUACUUCAGUUAGAAUAACUUCUGAGAAAGAUGUUUUGCCCUAAAGGUGAUAGAGAAUAUUCAAAAGUUUAAUUUUCAAAAUCAUAUGUAAAGCUGAAACCAUUUAAAACAAAUGUACCUAAAAAGCCAGAAGACACAAGUACUAAACUGGAGUUUUCUUGCUGUGAAGAAACAGCUUUAUAUAAAUUAUGGCCAGAAUUCUAAUUACUUAUAUGGUUGUAUAAACUACUGGAAGUUUUAGAUUAAGCUUUUUGCAAAGUGUAUUUUAAAAUAAUUCAAGAAUAUAUUUUGAAUUCCAGAAUCCUUGCUUGUAGAAGGAUCAUUUUUUAAAAUUAUUUGUAAAAUAGCAAAGUCUUAUACUGAAAAGACAAUAAAUUGCUUUCUCUUCUUGC